AUGUCGUCGUCUGUGCCAUGCAUGACCAGCACGGGGGCUUUGACUUUUGGAGCCCGUAUGUCACUUGGGAACGGGUUCACGUGCUUUUUCACGCAAUUCGACUCGUGCAUUCUGCAGCAGUUCAUUGGGGGCUUCCAAGAUGACUCCUGCGACAUCUACGCGAGUUGCGAGUUCCACAGCUGCAACUGUUCCAAUACUGUGUCCAAAGAGGAUGACGCGGUCUGGCGUCAAGUUGAAUUUCGACAGCAAGAACUGAUAGGUGGCGUAGUGGUCGGCGUACAUGCCCUGCUCACUCGGAGAGCCAGUACUUUCGCCGAAACCCGAGUAGUCUUUAACACUGACUGUGCAAAGUACACUGAGGAAGUGCAGUGUGUGACCAAAGUCGCAAGAGUUGCCAUGGGAAUACAAAAUGGUGAAUGGAGCAUCCUCAGACUGAGUUAUGUGAGCAACAGCCACAGCAUUCUUGGAUUCAGAUCCCAAUAUUUUGAAACCUUGGACCUUUUGCUUGGCAUAGUUGGGCAAUUGAACGUCACUCCGCAAAUCCCCUUGAGUUUGAUGCACUUCUUGACCAUUGAUGACCAACAUGGUGGCAUACUUGACUUGGAUUUCCAGAACAUUGAAGACAUCAAGUCAAAGAAGCCCAUUGAAGGGCAUUCGAUUCCAUUCGACAUCCAACCACUGAAUGAACCCGUUCCUUGACAUUGGUAACACACAACAAGCACAAAAAAAAAAUCUCUGAAGAUGACUAUUGCUACAUAUAUGGAACACUGAAAGAAGGGGAGACACUUUCUGAAAUGGCAAAGGAUUUGUCUAAAGCUCAGACAACAAACAAAUAGUAAAUCCAGUAGGAAAAAUUGAAGAUUGUGAAAAGAAGAGGGAAGAUGAGUCUGCAAGAUUCAUCAAUUUGAUGGGCCCUCAUGCUCAACUUGGUCUGUGGCUGGAAUGCUCUGCUGGGCACAUUCUGCAAGUUCAUUCCCAUGGCUAGAAAUCCAUUGUUGUCACUGAACUCCCUGGACUGAAAAGAGGAACAUUCAAAAUAUGGAUAGCAACCUGCACUGCUUGCCAAUACACAGGUGGACCAUAAUUUUAAC